AUGGCAAAAGUUGAAUUGUUAUACGGGCGUAAAUGUCGAGCUCCCACAUGUUGGGACGAGGUCAGAGAAAAGAUGAUUGCGGGUCCUGAAUUGGUACAAAUCACGAAUGAGAAGGUUGUUAUUGCUCGUGAGAAACUUAAGGAAGCCCAAAGUAGACAGAAGAGUUAUGCUGAUCGCCACCGGAGGGCUUUGGAAUUUAAUGUUGGUGAAAAAGUAUUUUUAAAAGUCUCACCUUGUAGAGGUAUUCGACGUUUUGGUAUAAAGGGAAAAUUGAGUCCUCGCUUUAUCGGACCAUUUGAAAUUUUGGAACGAGUUGGCGAAGUUUCUUAUCGGUUAGCUCUACCACCACAAUUAUCGCACGUGCAUAACGUGUUCCAUAUUUCACUGUUACGUGGGUAUAAUUAUCAUCCACUCCAUGUUGUGAACUAUUCUCUACACGAGAUUCGUGAGGACUUAUCGUACGAAGAGGAACCAGAGGCUAUCUGGGAUCGACAAGAACGCGUGAUGCGUAAGAAGUCUUUUCCGUUUGUCAAAAUCUUGUGGAAGAAUCAUCCAGAACGUGAAGCCACUUGGGAAUCGGAGGAAGCGAUCCGUUCUCAAUAUCCAUAUUUAUUCGAAACCUAA